AUGGAUCCAGAGCAAGUCGCCGAAUUAAUCGAAGCGCAACGUCUAAACACUGAGUUGUUACUCGAACAACAAGCCAAAUCCACUGAUUUGCUUGUGACCAAGUUGUUCGACGGUUUCAAGACCUAUCUUACCUCAACAACUGGAACUUCUUCUGUUCCUCCAGCUGGUCCGAUAACAACUUCCGCAACGACUACUGAGUACAUCUUGAACUCAUUAUCCAGUCGAAUCCCUGAAUUCAUAUUCGAUGAGGAAAGCGGUCAAACCUUUGAUGUGUGGUACCAACGAUACCAAGACACGCUCUCGAAAGACGCCAAAGCACUUGAUGAUGAUGCUCGAUCUCGCUUUAUUCUUCAAAAGCUUGAUCCGACGUCAUAUGCUCGGUUCAUCAACCACAUACUUCCAAAACGACCAGCGGACCUCGCCUUCGAGGAAACCGUUAGCACGCUCCGAACACUUUUCGGUCCGUCAGCGUCGUUGUUUUCGCGCCGCGUGGCAUACAUUCAUUCCAAAUGGGAUGGACAAUCCAUCCGUGAUUACACUGGACUUAUUAACAGUCGUCACGAACUGGCUGAAAUGAACUCGAUAUCAAGUGAGCAACUCAAACUUCUAAUAUGGUUGAGUGGUCUCGACUCUCAGAAACAUUCUGACUUGCGCAGUCGUGCACUUCGUCUAAUCGAAGAAAAAUCCACAAUAACACUGAAGGAGUUGAGUGCUGACGUCCAACACAUUCUUGACAUUCGGAAAGAUUCUCUCAUCAGAUCUACUGAUAUUACUCCAACUGGCAUCAACGCCAUCUCAAAGUUGAAUAAUACAAAACGAGACCCACCGUCACCUUGUUAUCGUUGUGGAGGCCAACAUUGGGCUAAAGAUUGUUCCUUCAUUACUCAAAAGUGUACCGAAUGUUCUCGAUUCGGACACAAGGCUGGUUUUUGUCAAAAGAAUCCACCAAAGAAGAACAAAUCUAAACGGCAAACUAACGCCGUAGACACCUCCACGUCGCCAAGAACUUCCGAAGAUCGUACUUCUAUCGGAAAAUUCCAAAGAAUCUUCAAAAUCGUGAAGAUCAAUGGUAAAUCCGUGAAAAUGCGACUCGAUACUGGAGCCGACAUUUCCAUCCUCAACAAGCAGGAUUGGAUAACUCUUGGUCGACCUGAACUUUCACCACCACUUUUUGACUUAAAGUCCGCAAACCAGCAACCAAUCAAUGUUUAUGGCUUCUUCCGUUGUAAAUUUGACUUGGAUGGUCAGACUGGUGAAGGAACUUGUCACGUCGCGGAUUCCCUCACACUCUUGGGAAUGGACUGGAUUGUCCAGAAUGAUGCGCUUUACCGUUCACUGAAUGGAACUGCUCAGAUAAACUCUGUUUCAGUAGCGUCACUCACUUCUAUCCGUGAAAACUUGGUCGAAAGGCUCAGAACACUCUUUCCGGACACAUUCACUGAAGGACUUGGAUGUUGCUCCAAAACAAAAGCGGUUUUCCAUCUAAAGCCGGAUGUCACUCCGAUAUUCCGCAAAGCCCGACCCGUCUCGUAUGCAUCUCUGCCGCUCUUAAGCGCAGAAAUUGAACGUCUGGUUGCUACUUCAGUACUUCGCCCUGUUGAGCACUCUGAUUGGGCAUCACCGAUUGUAUGCGUCAAGAAGAAAAACGGCAAAAUUCGACUUUGUGCCGAUUAUUCGACUGGCCUUAAUGAUCGACUUCAAGACAACCAGCACCCACUUCCACUACCUGAAGAAAUUUUCAACACCCUCAAUGGUGGAAGAUACUUCUCUACAAUAGACUUCUCCGAGGCCUACUUGCAGGUGGAAGUGGCUGAUGAGUCGAAACACCUCACGACCAUCAACACUCACUUGGGACUUUUCGAAUACGAACGUAUGCCGUUCGGAAUGAAAACAGCUCCUGGCAUUUUCCAGAGUCUCGUCGAUUCUAUGACUUCUGGACUUUCCGGUACUUCUUGUUACCUCGAUGACAUCAUCGUCACUGGACGAACGAUUGAAGAGCACAAUUCUCGACUCGAGAAACUUUUUGAUCGAAUCCAUGCCUAUGGAUUACGCAUCGGUCACGAAAAAUGCUCAUUUCUGACCACUGAAACUCGCUUCCUUGGUUUCAUAAUUGACAAAAGCGGACGCCGGCCGGAUCCCGCCAAGAUUGAAGCAAUCUCAAAAAUGCCAGCGCCAACUGAUACUACCCAAGUUCGAGCACUUCUCGGAAUGAUCCAAUUCUAUGGACAAUUUAUACGGUCUCUCCAUGACCUACGGGCGCCAUUAGAUGCACUCACAAAAAAAGACGUCAUCUUCAAAUGGACCCCGGAAUGCCAAUCUGCUUUAGAUAAAAUCAAAGCAAAACUUCUUUCUAACCAACUUCUGGUACACUUCGACCCUGAACUCCGCACAAUCGUUGCCGGAGAUGCUUCUCAAUACGGCGUCGGAGCAGUCCUACUCCACGAAGUGCCAGAUGGUUCCUACAAGGCAGUCGCCCAUGCCAGUCGUACACUGACUCCAGCGCAAAAGGGUUACUCCCAGACUGAGAAAGAAGCUCUCGCAUUGGUAUUUGCUAUGCAAAAGUUUCACCGCUAUGUGCAUGGUCGAAAAUUCACGUUGAGGACUGAUCACCGUCCACUUCUUUCCAUCUUCGGAUCGAAGACGGGAAUCCCGGUUCACAGUGCCAACCGCCUCCAACGUUGGGCUCUGAUUUUGUUGAACUACGAUUUCGAAAUCGAGUACAUCAAUACCCAGAACUUCGGUUAUGCUGAUGCUCUAUCCAGACUCAUCGCAGCACAGCAACUUGAAGAAGAAGAUCGCGUCAUUGCUUCCAUCGAAGCUGAUGUCACAGCCGAUUUCGCAGCUAACUGCAAUUCUCUUCCUGUCACUUCCGAAACUAUCCAGAAAGCGACAAUCGCUGAUCCACUCCUCGUCCAAGUGUCUGAUCACAUCCAAUCUGGACAAUGGCCCAAAAUCAAACCUGACUCUCCACUCUGGCACUACUACAAUCGUCGAGAAUCACUUACGAUGGUUCAAAACUGUCUACUUUUCUCUGAUCGAAUAAUCAUACCGAAAACACUUCAAAACCGAGUACUUCAAAAUCUUCACAAAGCUCACCCAGGGCAAACUCGCAUGAAGAUGUUGGCUCGAAGUUUUGUUUAUUGGCCAAAUAUUGACUCGCAAAUCGAACAACUCGUUCGAAACUGCCCAAGAUGCGCAUCAGCCGCUAAAAAUCCAGUCAAAACUGAGCUGAAAACCUGGCCUACUCCAAAUUCUGCUUGGACUCGAGUUCAUGCUGAUUUUGCUGGUCCCAUGAACGGUACUUAUUAUCUCGUCAUUGUCGACGCAUUUUCUCGUUGGCCGGAAAUUUUUGCUCUCAAGCAAAUCACUACAUCCGCCACGAUCUCGGUACUCCGUCAAGUCUUUUCACGCUUCGGAAAUCCGACAACUCUUGUCACUGACAACGGCACACAAUUUACUUCUGCCGCAUUCGAAAAUUUUUGUACGUCAAAUGGUAUCGAACAUCUUCGAUCUCCUCCGUACCACCCACAAUCAAACGGCCUAGCCGAAAGAUUCGUGGAUACUCUCAAACGAUCACUUCUGAAACUUCAAGGAGAAGAGAGGACGGCAGAUACUCUUCAAACUUUCUUACAAGUUUACCGCUCCUCACCCUGUCCUUCGAACACUGAACAUCGUUCUCCCGCUGAACUCUUUCUCCAGCGAACGAUCAGAACUCCGCUGAGCCUCAUGAAGCCAACGGUUGAACAGCCAAGGUUGCCUGGAAACACCAGCGCUGAAAACCAGUUCAAUCGACACCAUGGUGCCAGACACCGCAAAUUUGACAUCAAUGAUGCUGUAUUUGUUAGGGACUUCCGUGAUCCCAAAUCAACUUGGAUUCCCGGAAUUGUUAUCAAUCGUCACGGAAAUGUCAAAUACACCGUACGAGCUGAUGGUCAUGAUUGGAUUCGCCACAUCAAUCACAUGCGCCCCCGUGAUAAUAUUACUGCUGUCAACUCAUUGUUGGAUGACUUCGACUUGCCGCUUUUCUCCAAGGCCGAAUCACCGCAACCUCAAUCAGUCAUUUUGCCACUCAAUUCUCCGCCGCCGCUGCGCCGCAGUACUCGUAUUCGGAAACCUGCCACACGCCUUGUUAUCGAACCUCAUCGUCUCAAAUAUCGGGUGGAGGAGAUGUUGCAUCCGCAAUAAAUAUUUAUUAUUGUACGUGACCUACACGUACCAAUUCGUGGCAUUGCUAAGCUGACGUUGCUUUAGCACUAUAAAAGCCGUCAGCCUCGUCAUUUCUCCCUCUUAUUAUUAUUCUUUCAAUAAACCUUUGUAUUAGUAAUUGUUACUUAUCUUCGGCAGUCACCGUAUCCUACCCAAGGAUACAACAGAUUUUUUUUUGUUUUUUACGCAAAACCGGCGUUUAACUUGGAAACGUCGAGUAUUACUAGCUAUUUAUCGAUGAUUUAGGCAGCAUACGACAUCUGGAGAAAGAAGGUAAGACUUUUCAGUCGAAUUUCCAUUGAAAAAUCAUGAUUUUCAGGAUUUCCGCCAAAAUCAACCGGAUCUUCGCCAAUUUCGCCGAAAAUCAACCGGAUUUCAUCGAUAUGUUCAACAAAAGCUGCAAGAGCAAACUCUUCCAGGUUCAGGUGAGAAUGUUCAUUUGAAUUUUCAUGAAAAUGUGAAGAUUUUCAGGUUUAACAGCAACAACUUCGGGAAUUUCGCCGUUAUUUCGCUCAACAUUUGCAUCUUUAAUAAUUACCUGA